AUGGCCGGCGACGACGACGAGUUCGGCUCGGCCGACGAGCUCGAUGCCCUCUCCCUCGACAAGAUUUGCGAGCUGGAAUCCCAGGCUUUUGCCUCGACCCAGCACCGCAGGAACUCCAACGCGCCGCCCGAUGCGAACACCCAAGCCCCGCCACAGCCAGCUCUGCCGCCGUCCGAGUACGACUUCCCUGACGCCGACUCCAUCCAGCUGGACGGCCAGCCCCUUCUCGCCAAAUUGCCCGCGGAGAAUGUCACCGGCCCGUUGCAGCGCUUUGGCGGAAGUCCUACCGUGACAGCCACCACGCGACGGACCGCUCAGGACUUGGCCGCCAAUCAGCGCGAGCACUUUUACAAGCAUCGCUUGAACAGACACGCGAGAAACAGCAACUAUGAUCUUGGUGUCACUGCGCCGUCCUCCGUACCUCCGCUACUCUCCGCCGACGACUUGGCCAAUGCCGGCAGGGAAAAAUUGAAAGCCAAGAUUGACGAGCUCGUAGAAGCUAUCGCCAAUGUCAACCAAAUAAAGAAUGAGGCCGAGUCUCAGGCUCUGAAAAGGGCCGGCGAAGCGGCCUUAGUGCGCGUGAAGCUUGAAAAGGCGGACAAAGUCCAUGUGGCAGAGAUUAUAUCUAUGCAAAGGACCCACAAGGAACAGGUCGCCGCUCUCGAGACUCAAAUCAAAGUGCUGACCCGAGAAGCCGAGAGGUUGAAGAGCGAAUAUGGCUUCAUGGAGCACGACUUAAGGACAGAAGCCAGCAAGGCAAAGUCUCGACGGAACCUGAAAGAUGGUACCGCCCACGGCAAUUCUGGGAAGCAGCAGGCAACUACGCCUAAGCGAAACCGGAGACAUGAGUUCGGGGACGGGUUCGAUGACGGCGGUGUCAAGGAGGUUUCACCCAGCAAAUCGCGGGACAAGUCAAGAAAUGGUACUCCUAGACAAGGCGCAAAAAGAAAGCGCAAUGCCAUAGAGGCAAGCCCUGCGAAGCCUCUUCCACUCUCGGAGCCUCAGCAGCCUCAGGUACCGGAUGAUGAAUCUAUCAUAAUGCCGGAUGCCGAACGCGAUGUUCCUGCGAGCGCUAGCAAGAGCGAUGCGAGGUUCAAACUUCUCCAAAGACUCAUGAACCAUCGACCUGCAGGUCUGCGCGUGAGAACUUUCGAGGCGUUUACCAGGUUUGCUUUUCCAUCAUUACCUGGACGUCUGUUAUCCUCUGUCAUUUACGAUGGGAUAUCCUUGUACCAUGACGAAUCAAGCGAUUUUCCACUCCACUUUUGUCGAAUCCUCCUAUCUAUAUGGGACCGAUGUGCACAAGAGGACUAUUAUGAACCACUCCAUCUCAUUCUCGACACCUUGCAAUUCGUCCUUGCAUUUGAGCCGCUUGAGAAGACGGCAUCCUUGGCCGGGGAAAUCGUGCCUUUAGCACAGACUUCGGCCAACCUCGUUGUCUGGACAUCGUUGGACAACCCCGAACUCAAGCAGCACAUCGACCUUCAGGAGUGUCUUUGCCUCAUGCUUACCGUAUCCCGAAGCUGCGCACGUGAUGUUGAAGCCACAACGCGAUUCUGGUCUCUCAUCUCUCGCGAUUUCAUCAGAGCUCUGUUCAAAUCUCCAUUCCUCUCCACCCUCUCGCUCACCGUCCAGCUUCUCGCAACAAGCAUUACUCCAACGAGCGUCGGCCCCAUACCCGAUUACGAUCCAGCAGACCUACCAGCCAACAGCGCCAAUCUGAACAAAGCAAUCACCGCCACCGACCACCUCACGUCCCUCCUCCGCGAGACCCCGGACGUCGUGCCCUCCCAGCCCGCGCUGUGGUCCUUCCGCCUCACGCUCCUCCACACCUUUUCCGCCUUCCUCCAAUCCCCAGCCGCCGCCGCCACGCUGGCGACCCACAAGUACUUCCUGGGCCGCCUCUUCGUCUGCCUCAACGACGCCGUCGCAACCCUCUACGCCACCGCCCCGCGCACCCCGCUGGCCGCCACCCUCGGCCGCAUCGCCAACCUCGGCACGCGCAUCGCCUUCAUCCUGAUCACCGACCCCGCCACGCGCGACCUGGUCGACCGCCACGACCGCCUCCACGCCGUGCACGGCGCCAGCCACGCCCACCUGGUCGCGCUGACCCGCCUCGCGUUCGUCGACGUGGACGCCGACGCCGACGUCAUCGACGACGGCGACGACGGCGGCCCGGCUGCUGCGGGAGGGUUUGGCGGCGCGAGGGUGCUGGAGGCCGGGAUUGAGGAGGAGGUUGUUGACAUGGCGCAUCAGCUGCUCGACCAGUUUCUGAGUCCGUCGGAAGGGGUUGAGUUGAUGAAGGUAUUCAGUUCGGCGAGGACAGUCAUGUGA